AUGAUGCUAUUUGAGAAGGAAGGUGGUAGGUGGAAAUCUGGUUUGAUCGUACAAGGCAUCGAUGUAAGACCUAAUAAUAAUUCCGAUGUGUAUUGGUUUGAUUGUCCGGAUAUCGAUGAUGGUGAUGCAGUACUACACAAGAUUAAUGGUUAUAAUGACGUGGCGUCUACUUCUUCAGGUCAAAAUACUGAUCAGAAUAAUAAUAUAUAUUGUACGUGCAGUUCGGAGGUGGCGGAGCUGUUAAACGUGUGUUGGCUAGAACUAUCGGGUCGGGUCGACACGAAGAAUCUGCAGGUUAAAACGAGCUAUUCUGCAUAUCUGGUUUACAAACUCAAAGAUUCCUCGAAAAAUCUCGAAAAGGCAAAUGCAUCCGUAAAAACUCUUCAUAAGGAGAUAACUCAGACAGUGUUUAUUAUUGAUGAUGAUAAUAUCGAUGAUCCAUUAGUGUCGAAACCUCAUCUCCGAAGCGAUGAUUGGUCGGAGGUCAAGCUCGGAGAUUUUUUCAACGGUUCUGGAGAUGAUGGACACGUGGACAUGAUGCUAUUUGAGAGGGAUGAUGGUAAGUGGAAGUCUGGUUUGAUCGUACGUGGUAUCGAUGUAAGACCUAAUAAUAAUAAUAAUAAUAAUAAUAAUAAUAAUAAUAAACCCGAUGUAGUAAUCUCAUCGAACAUUUGGUACGACUGUCCGGAGUAUUGAUGAAGAUGCAGUACCGAAGAUCAACGAUUCGACUCCCCUUAUCUUGUUUUCUCAAUCUUUUAUUUUGUUAAGUGUUGUUUUUUUUUUCGGAUAAUUAGGGUAAUUAAAAGUCAUAUCUUUU